AUGGCUUCUCUUCGCGUGCUUGGCAGGACCUUCCACCGGGCCGCGGGCAGCUUUGCUCGCCCCGCGGCUGCAGCGUUCAGCAGCUCCGCGCAGUUCAAGGUCUGCAUCAAUGGAGGUGCUGGAGGGAUUGGCCAGCCUCUCACCAUGCUGAUGGCGAUGAAUGAGACGGUGAAGGAGGUCUCUGUGCAGGACGUCACCAUGGCUGCAGUGCCUCCCUCUGGAGUCGCGGCCGAUCUGGGACACCUGGAGUUUCCGAGCAAGGUGGUCGGCUACGCCACAGAUCCCUCCGUCCCUGCGGUGGAGCAGUUGGAAGCUUGCUUGACCGGGUGCAACCUGGUCCUCAUCCCAGCUGGUAUGCCUCGGAAGCCCGGCAUGACGCGGGACGACCUCUUCAACGUGAACGCAGGCAUCGCCAAAGGCGUUGUGGAAGCUUGCGCCAAGUUCUGCCCCGACGCAGUGGUGGGCCUGAUUGUGAACCCAGUAAACUCAAUUGUUCCAGCAAUGGCAGAGCUCUACAAGAAAAAAGGUUUGGAUCCCUUGAAGAUCGUGGGAGUGACCACCUUGGACAUUGUGAGGGCCAACAAGUUCGUGGCGGAGAUCACGGGGAAGUCUCCCAAGGAUAUCGAGGUCCCUGUGAUUGGUGGCCACGCGGGGGUGACGAUCAUGCCGGUCUUCUCUCAGGAUCCUAUCUCUGCAACGAUCUCUGCCGACAAGAUUCCAGCGUUGGACAAGCGCACGCAGGAUGGUGGAACCGAGGUGGUUGAAGCCAAAGCUGGGAAGGGCAGUGCCACCUUGUCCAUGGCCUACUCUGGUGCGCGCUUUGGAAACAAGGUGUUGGCGGGGCUUGCAGGCACCCCAACGGACGAGUGCGCCUAUGUGGCCUCGAGCGUGACAGAGCUGCCCUACUUCUCUUCCAAGGUGACCUUCGGCAAGACUGGGGUUGAGAAGAUCCAUGACAUUGGCACUCUGAACAGUUAUGAGCAGGGCAGACUGAAGGAGGCCAUGGACCAGCUGAAGACGGAGAUUGACAAGGGUUUGGACUAUGCGAAGUCCAACUGCUGA